AUGUCUAUCGUUGUCACAGCCAAAAUUCCUCAAAAUGCAGUUUUUUUUUCUGACGAACGAUUUCGAUGCGAAAUUACUUUCGAAUAUCCACUUCCUACGGUAGAAAAGCUCUCCAAUGACAAAAUACCAAACAUAGCAAAUAAAAAUGGAUUUAUAAGCCACACAAAAUCUAGUCAGGAACCCAAAUCACCAGGAAAGAAACCUAGGCAGGGUUUAAACGGAAAUCCCUUGUCAGCAAUAGUAGAGAAUCCCUCGAUUCAAAAUAGCCUAGCUGGAGAUCUUGGUGAAUCGGGAAUGUUUGGGUUCCGUAACUUGGUCAAGAGAUCGACGUUAACUGCGUUUGCGUCUUCGACACUCUCCUUACUUUCCAUGGGAAGCGGAGAAUCACAACCACCGUUAUCACCAUUACGAAAUAAUGAACAUACUGAAAAAAAUAGUAGCAAUGUUACUCAGUCAACGGCAUCGCCGUUUACUUACAUUGAAGAAGAGACAUAUGAUGAUGGUGGGCUAAUUAAUUUACAACAAGCUGAUGGUAGUGACGGUGUUUCUGUUAGUGAUUAUGAUACUUCAGAAUCAUCUCCACGAAGUUCUGCUGAUUUUUAUGGAAUUGGACAUUCUGACGACAGAAGUAGUAAUAGUUGGAGUGGGUCAUUAACAGAUUAUAAAAGAAAUAGUAGUGGCAGUGGACGUUCCUCAAUUGGAAGUGGGCGAUGUAGUUCUUCACCUACUCUCAGUCAAAAGUAUGAAACAUUAUUAUGGGGCUUUGCACAAAUAAUUGGCCAAUUCGUGGUAGAUAGUUCUUUAGUGAAGUCUGUCGAAUUUGAGCCAUUGAAAACAAAGACAAUGUAUCGACCAGCUAGUGGGAGUGGUGCUGGAGGUGCUUUAGGUGGUGGGACGUUAGGAAUAUUCACUCCAAAUUCAAUACAUCCCUCAAACAGUAGAUCUAUACCUGUUUUCUCAACUCCACCAUCAAUAUUAUUUUGUGAUUUACAUUUGAUACCAGGGGAAACUCGUACUUACACAUACGAGACUAGGCUACCGACAGAUUUACCCCCAUCACAUCGUGGUAAAGCAAUUCGGUUUAAUUAUUAUUUGAUAAUAGGAACUCAUCGAGGCGGGUUGAAUCAACAAUCACAUAUAGUUCAAUUGCCUUUCCGUGUGUUCAACUUUGUCUCUGAUGAUGGUUCGAGACCAGUAUAUGAUUUGAUGAAUCCGGUUAUUAUUCACAAAGAUGAAGCUAUUGUAAAAUGCAAAGAAGAUAGUCCGGAACUAUCAUUACCAGUAAAAAAACGAGACAACAAGCGUGAAGAAUUCAUAGAUUAUGUAGCGAAGCUCGUUCAAAGUUCCGACAAUUUAGAUUUAGAUAUGGACAAUAAAGAUGAUGGGAAAAGGGAUAGCGAUAAUUACGUCUUUGUGGAGAAGGGGAUAAACUCUAUUACCAAUACGGCAACUAUUAUAUCAAAGAACACUCGAAAAGUAAAUUAUGAUAUUUGUAAAAAUAAUCAGCGAGUAGCACAAUUAUGUCUUUUAAAGACAUUAUAUCGGCUGGGAGACAUUGUCACAGGAACUCUAAAUUUCAAUGAUGCUGUUAUACUUAGUUAUCAGGUAUCUAUCACAUUGGAGAAUAGUGAACAAGUUGAAUCAUCUGUAGCCAAUAAACCACAACAACAAAUAUCACGAUUGACGCGUAAAAUACAUGGUGAACAUCAUGAAUUUUGUCUGAAUGCAUCACGAAUAAGUUUCGCUAUUUCAAUACCGACCAAUAGCACACCGGAUUUUGCAACUACAGGGGUGAAACUUCAGUGGUUCUUACGGCUAGAAUUCAUCACUGGAACUAAAAAUAAUUAUCCGUUGAUGCCGCUUAACGCGGAUGAACGGCAUCAUUAUUAUCAAGCGGUCGAAGAUGUUAACGUUGAAACAUUUGAUUGUUCAAUUCCUAUUAAAGUAUAUCCGACAUCAUAUGAAUCAGCACGGACAUUUCCAUCUCAACAUACUUUUCGUGUAUCAUAA